UGCCCGCCCGCAGCGGGCUGAAGGCGCUGAUGCUCUUUGCGAGCGUGGAACGUUUCGGUUGCCGCGGAGGCCGAGCUUUGUGCAGGAUGAGGAAUACUGCCGUCUGGUGAUUGAUCGGCUGGCCGUAAAAAUGAGCAGCGUGAUGGAGCGGAAGGGCCAGUUGGGUAUUGACCAAAAUAUAUCGUUCACGCUGAGUGCGACCGCUCCUGCUGCGCAUGAUACCGCCUCUGGCACGUGGGGGAGGAGGAGUGGGGGGCAGAGCCGUAGCAGGCACUCCAAUGUGACGGUGUCGCAAAGUAAUUCUGUCGAUUUGCAUAAUUUUACGGCGGAUGAACCGCGUUUUUCGACGGAUGAUUCGACUGUUACUGUCCGUGCUCGUCGCUUCAGGUAA